GUGCGCUGAUUUUGUCCCGGUCCCCGUAGUUUCUCCAUCCCCUCCAGCUUUGGCCAUGGUGCGGACUAAGGCCGACUGCGUGCCGGGCUCCUACCGAAAAGUGGUAGCGGCUCGAGCACCCCGGAAGGCGCUGGGUCACUCCAGCUUCGCCAACGCCUCGCCUUCGCCCCCGUCCCGGAAAGUUGAAAGUAAGUAUGCAGGUGGGAACCCAGUAUGUGUACGCCCAACACCCACAUGGCAGAAAGGAAUUGGAGAAUUCUUUGGGAUGUCAUCUAGACACUCAGAAAAAGAGAAUCAAAUUCCUGAUGAAGCAGAGGCAGGAAGUAGUGGCCUAGAAAAAUCUAAAAGAAAAUCUUGUCCUUUGCAACCUGAUCCCACAGAAGAUGGUGAAUGUUCAGAUGAAGAAUAGAAUAUUCUCAUGUACCUUCACUUUCAUCAGAAUUCUAGGAUGUACAUUUGUGUAAAUAUGUUUAUUUACCAUGGUUAGGGUCUAAUUUUGUUGUACAGAAAUUUAAUUAAAAAUACUAAAAAAAUAUAUGCUUAAAUUCAGUCAGUAAUAAGUAGUUCCAGAUGGGAGACUAUUAGAUUAUUAUAUGCAUAUAUAAAUAAUUAGCAUUGCCAUCAAUAUUAAGCAGUAUUCUUAUUCUUAAUGCUAUAACUUUCUUGUAUCAGAAAACUACAUGGUAUUAUAUCUAAUUUGUGACAUUGGAGAUUGGCUUGAGUCUUUGUGCCACUGCCAUUUUUUUUUUGGCAUCUUGUUUGAAAAUAGUGCCAUAUUUUUGUUCUUCAUUUGCUUGAAAAGCAGUUAGACUUUGCACAUUUAAAAUUUUUCUUCCUAGUAUUAACAAAACUGAAGGAAUAUACUACUAGUGACAACUUUCUUCAGAAAGAGGUCAAAUGCAAUUUUGAAAGCAUAUAGAGAGAUAUCCUCCAGUUAGGAAAAGGUUGUUUUUCGAUUUAUCUUAAAUUUUUAAUAAGUAGAAGCUCAUAAUGCAUUUUUAUAUGUUAAGUUUACUUUUAGGAUAAAAUAUUCAAUUUCUGGCAGCUCUUUUCAUAGUGGCAAAAAAUUGGAAAUUGUAGGAACAUCCAUCAAUUAGGGAAUGGACAAGUGGAUUAGAAUACUAUUGUGCACUAAGAAAUGAUUUGCAGGAAGCUUUCUGAAAAAACCAGCAAAACUUGCAUGAACUGUUGCAGAAGUGAAGUGAGCAGAACCAGAAGAACACUGUAUACAGUAAUCGCAAUAUUGCAUGAUUGUCAACUAUGAAUGACUUAGAUAUUCUCAGCAAUACAGUGAUCUAAAAGAAUUCCAAAGGAUCUACUAUGAAAAAUACUAUGUACUUUCAGUGAAAGUACUAAUGGGAUCCAGAUACACUUUGAAACAUACUUUUUUGGUUCUGCAUUUCCUUUUGUAACAUGACUAACAGGGAAAUAUUUUUCAUGACUGCACAUGAAUAAUCUA